AAAUCAAGAAACGAAGUACUACGCUGUUAAUUUUCAGUUCAUUCCUCUUGAAAUGAUAUUCACGUCAGGUUUUCGUUUGCUUUAGAGUAUUGAAAUAAAAUCAUGGAAUUGAAAGACCUUACACUAGUUCUUGCAAUUCUAUGUGUUACUACAGACGCUAUUGAUCAUUAUACUGUUGUCAAUAUUCAUAACGGAUACAACAAGAGGAAAGCCAUUGAAAAGGAUUAUACCACUACGAUAAUUCAAGGAAAUCAUCCUUUUGACUUAAUUGGUAACUUAACGUCAAAUUUGGAUGCAUAUGAAACACGAUUUGAAAACCUGGUGGAUAAGCUAGAAAAUGUAACGGUAAAAUUGGACAUCUGUGAAGCUAAACUGGAUCAGAUAUUGAGGUCAAUAGACGGAAACGCGAGACCUCGGGACUGCAAUGAAGUUCAAAACCUCGGAUACACAAGAACUGGCGUUUAUACUAUCUACCCAAAACCUGGUGUUAAAGGCUUUCAAGUUAGGUGUGACAUGGAUACAACGACUGGUGGAUGGACCGUGAUACAACGCAGAGUAUCGCCGAGUAAUUUCUUUAGAACUUGGGAUGAAUACAAAUCUGGCUUUGGGGAUGCGAACGAAAAUUAUUGGCUCGGAAACCAAGCAAUACACAUGAUUACUUUUCAAGGCAAAUACAAACUACGUGUGGACUUGACCAGUUUUGAAAAUGAGACGGCAUAUGCAGAGUAUGGGUCAUUUUCUGUAGGUGAUUCCAAAUCAAAUUACACGCUCGUUGUUGGUGGGUACACCGGAAAUGCAGGAGACAGCCUCAGUGAACUAAACCAUAGAAUGUUUUCCACGAAAGACAGGGAUAAUGACAAAUGGGCCAACAAUUGUGCUCAGUCAUUUACCGGCGCCUGGUGGUACAAAGACUGUCAUUUGUCCAAUCUGAAUGGAGAUUACGGCAAUAAAAAUUUUGGUAAAGGUAUUAACUGGUACACAUGGAAAGGACAUUACACUUCUCUCAAAAUAACCGAAAUGAAAAUCCUUCCCACCAACGAGUAAGAGUAUAAACUGACAGCUUCAAGAAGUGUUCCUGCGUUCCUCUGAAAAUAUGACCCUGAACGGAAAUAAAACUCUCUCCAACAUUAUACUACUGGCUGCUGAAACAAAACGAAAUUUCUAUAUAUAAUUGUGAGAAAACAAACAUUUUAGUAUACACUAUAUAUCAUGUUAUAUUUUUUUUUGGAAGCUUUACUAUUUUUAUGAUUUAAUUAAAUUUCUUUGUAUGACGUUUACUUCAUUUAAUACCGUAUAGAAUUGUUUUUUUUAAAAGGACGUCUAUAUUGAACGUAUGUUUUUUAUUUUAUGUUUAUUUAUUUAUUUUUGUUAUUUUUUAUUUUUUUUUGCUUUUAUAAUCUCAUCAAACAUAGAACUAGUCCGAUAACUAAUUAAGGUUACGGAAGCCAUUAUAACUACCUGGACUUGUUUAUUAUUAAUCAAAGUUAAUAUAUGAAAUACAGUUUUAGCCUCCAGAUUGAAGUUAAAAUUAAGGUGAUGGACUCGGAACGAUAAUCCCCAAACUACAUAAUUAUUCUCCGUAUGUGAUUUCGGCACGAAAAACGAUGUGGGUAUAGAACUCUAUUUACGUUAAAAUGCCUAUUACCUAACAAGAAUACGUAGUUACAUGGAUACUGUCGUUUGUCAUUCUGUAUCAACUACAUUAAUGACAAUGGCCUCCAAAGAACACGACAACAAAAAAGGAACAAACAUAGGUAUCAUUAAAUUAUUGUUAUAUUUCUUAAGAUAGCUUUGAAACUUAAUUACUGACAGACGAUAUCUUAUGGAAACAGAUGUUAAGUACGUUGUUUUUACUAUUUUUUACACUGAAAAUCGCAAAGCUUUUCUAACGUUUUACUUGUGGUAAACCAUCUAUACGCAAUAUACAUAUAUUCCUCCGUGGCGGGAUUAGCAGACAGCGGAAAGUUUUUAUUGCCGCGGGGCCAGGAUUCGAAUUUUUGUCUGUAUUUGGCAUUUUUAAGAUAAUUUAGAAACAAAAACUCAGAUUCUAAUGUUCAUGAUAUGGCCAAACUUCAGUUUUGAAGAAAGAUUAUUUUAGCAAAAGUCUGGGCCUUUGAGUCACAACUGCUCAACGACAGUUUUAAAUUACGAUAAAUAUAUUUGUGUUAAGGCAUAUUUUAAUCCAAAGACACAUUCAAUUGUUUGGUGUAAUCUUGUGUAUAAAUUUGCAAUCUUUUAUUCAUGUAACCUUAUAUUUACCGAUCAUUUUCCUUCUAAGAUAAGACAUUUAAUAAGCGUGGUUGAUAUUUCUCUUAUAGCCUGGAAAUAUCGUUUUUAUGCUUGAUGAUUGCACUUAUUAAGGGAUCCCUAGAGUCACAACUCAAUAUCAGUUCAUACUUUCAGGCCGAGUAUGAUUUUGUUUUUGAAAAUUGCAAUAAAGCUUUAACACUUGGUCAAAUCAUCAUUAACAUAGAAGCAAAUGAUGAUUUAUAGUACAUAAACCAAGCCGGUUGUAAAAUGAGUCACUCUAGUUUAGACCGAAAGUUUACCCCAAAAUACUGAAAUCUUACGUGCAGUCAAACUCCAUUUUAACACAUAUUACAAAGACAAAAUUUUAGUUCUGUUUAAAGUACAAUAUGUAUACUAUAAACACUUAUAGAUUUUUGUCUCAAUUGUUCCUGGUCAUUACAUUAGACAAGACAACCCAAUGAAAAUUUAAUUUAAAUGUUGUUUGUACAUGCAUUACUUACCAAAGCUACCUAUACAGGUAAAUCAGUACACAUCAAUGGUUUAACGCAACACCACGCUAACUAUAUUGAUUUAUAUAAGGAGAUAACAUAGCUUUUCAUUGAACAAUCGACCUAUAAUAUUAACUUGUUUAUAUAGAUGUAAAUUAUGUGUGAACAGUUAAAACAGAUUUGAUAUAUUGAUGGUGUUGUUUGUUUUUGGUGAAUAAUUUAGUAACCAGGUAAAAUUUCCCUAUAUUAUUCUUCAUGGUCUGCUUUAGAAGUCGCGGUUGGCCGGUGAUCUAGUGGUAACACGUUUAACUGUCAAUCCAGAGGUCCGGGAUUUGAAUCCCGGUCCAGGCACUGGAAAUUUCUGUGAAGCUCUUGAGUAUCCAGUAUCAAAUCCUAUAAAAAUAAAUAGCUAGGAAGUGUAGCAGGUCCAGGUUGGGCAGUAAUUAUAGUGAGUGCAGCAAGUAUUAUAAGUGCAGCAAGUCGAGGUACCAAAGUAAAUCCAGGAACCACAAUUAUAUUAGUACAUUGCUUGGAAGAUACCUGAUAUAUUGUCACCUUUGAUAGUAAACCCAAAACCAUUUGACAGUCGACUUGUUUUGACGUCACCAAAAUUGAUCUUGCUGGUCAAUUUGCAUAUGAGUCAAUACGACUCUGUUAUCUUUAAUCAUGUAUCUCAGUUAAACCUUUUAAAAUGGACUUUGAAUAUAUAUCUAAUAAUAAUGAAGAUAAUACUUUUCGCGUUGCCAUGUAGAUACAAUGUAAUGCACCAAUAACCCUAACUUCUUUAGUUAAUUUGAAAGCAUAAAGGAGGUAGGUUGCCUAAAUAGUUUUAUGUGCGCAUGUCCAACCGGUAGCUAACGAUUUACGACGACGUUUACGACAAACUAAAUUUGUUUGUAUAUUCAUUAUUCUGCAAAACAAUCAUGAACCUGCCUCCGAUCUGAAGCUUAAUGGUUUAAUAAUACAGAAAUAAUGGAUAAAUUGCAGUAGAAACGCUUCAUAACAACGUUGCCUUAAAAUGACGUCACUGACCUCAUGACGUUACGUGUCAGUUACCACGCAAAAUUGAUAGCUUUUAUUUUGAAUUUUCUUUAUUUGAAGUAUUUUUAAACAACCAUUAUUUGUUGAAAUAUUUUUAUGAGUCUUUCGGUCUGAAUAAUGAUCAAUGGUUUGCUUCUUUUAAGUAAUUAUAUUGAAAUGUUAUGCGGAAUAUAAAAAAAUGAAUGAUGGUAACUGAUUAUUUACAUUUAAACAAUAUCCAUGAGAAUAAAAGCAGCAUACAGAACGAUUUGUCUACGGCUGUAAUUAUUCAAAGCUGUCAAAUUUGUUUAAAUAAAUGCAAAUAGCACAAAAAUAUUACUUACGUUAGAAACAACAUGUUUAAAAGCAACAUCAACAAAGAUAAUUUUUAUUUAAUACCUUAAAGAAGAAAUCAAGAUAAAAAGCAAGAUAUAAGCUAUUUUAAAGUUCUCUGUUGCCAUGGUUACUUUUAACUUUACGGAAAAUAGAGUAACACGUAAAGUGUUUGGUAUUCUGCUAAUUAUAUUAUCCAAAUACUCCAUGUUGGGCAUUAACAGAAUGGCACUAAAGCCGUCGAAAAACCUGUUUUCAUACAUAGUUGUUCAAAGAUGAGAGAAAAUGCGUUACCAUGGAAAAACGAGCCCCGUAACAUCUACAUUUUAAGCUUAUAUUAGAAAGCUACCACGCAGCCUAGUAAAAAUAUCAACUAUGCAUAUUUCUACGGAUAACAAUGAUACUCAAAUACACUGAAAAGUGCACUGCAAAUCAAAUACUGAGAAAACAUGCGACAUCAAAUCAUCUGAUAUUUUUGUCAAGAUACGAAAUAUAUAAUAAGCUGAGCGCCAGACCUUGCUAAGAUGACUAUGUCUUAGAUUAGUUGAAAAACAAUGUUGAAUGUUCUUUGUUAAAUCAUAGGGCCAUUGAGAUCUAUAUAUAUGUAUCUCAUAUAUUAGAUUUUCCUCUUGCUUUUUUACCUGUAUUAUUCGUGUAUUAUUCGUGUACCAAUGCUUUUCAAAUGAUUAAAAUGUCACUUCUUUUC